UAUCAAACUUCUAAACAGCUUUUGUUCCCAGAAAGACAAAAGAAGAAGAAAAAAGAAGAAGAAAUUUCAAGUAAAUUAACUAUGGAAUAACUUUUGAUUCCUAUCUUGGAUUUGGAAUCAUCGUAAAGAGAAGGAUGGGGCUAUGUUGGGACGAGAUUGAACGUAUCAAUAUACAUUUCCUUUCCGUCAACUGAAGUAUGUUCCUUUCCCUUAUAAAAAUUAAAUGGCAAUAACGGCAAGACCCCUUAAAAGCAAUAACUAGUUUCGUCGAUAAAUAGAUUCAACAAACACGGUGGUGCAGCGCAGGGCUUCCAUCAAAUGGAAGAGGAGAAAUGGAUUAUGCACUACAGCAGCUCUCAGAAGAUACUGUUAGUAGGUGAGGGCAACUUUUCUUUUGCUGCUUCCUUAGCCACUGCAUUUGGCUCUGCAAACAACGUUGUCGCCACUUCUCUCGACUCCAAAGAAUCACUUGUGGAGAAGUACCCAGAUGCAGUGAGGACAUUGAAGAAUUUAAAGGCAAAGGGAUGUGUAGUAUUGCAUAAAGUGGAUGUGGAUACCAUGAUCCAACACCCUCUGCUAGCCGAUAAACUAUUUGAUCAAAUCGUCUUUAAUUUCCCUCACGCGGGCUUCUUCGGAAGGGAACACCAGAGGUUUCAAAUUGAGUUGCAUCAAGAUCUGGUCAAGCGGUUCUUCACAGCUGCGUCUGAAAUGCUGACAGGAAGAGGAGAAGUUCAUGUGACACACAAGACCGGUAAUCCUUUCAGCAGAUGGAACAUAGUGAAGUUAGCAGAAGAGGUAGGGUUAUAUCUGGUUGAGGAAGCACCUUUCACGCGAGCGGAUUAUCCAGGUUAUCUCAAUAAGAAAGGAAGUGGGAGAAAAUGCAACCGGACAUUUCGUGUUAGAAAAGUGUAGUACCUACAAAUUUGCCAAGCUACCACUUGAACUUCUGGUUCUUGAUUCACCUUAUUGAAUUCGAGAUCUGAUUUCGUUCUCGCCUCUGUUCUUCAACAUGUAAACUAUUUUCUUAUUGUUUAAACUUCGGUAUGGAGUAACACAGCAA